AUUAUUAUCUCUUGAAGAAAAUCAAAAUUUUAGGUACUGCUUGAAAAAUAAGCUACUCCAUGUCAAGAAAGAAAAAGAUUUUUUUCUGCGUAUUAAUCUUAUCAAUAAAUCCACGAAAUUUGUCGAGGAAACAAUGGAAAAAUUAUCCAAAGGAAGUGAAAUAAACAAAGCUGAAAGAAAUGAAAACAUUAUCAGUAAAAAUUGCAGGAUUCGACUUGACCUAUACUGCGAUAACGUGGAGAACAAUGAGACUUUUAAUUAUCGAAAGCGGCUUUUUCACCCAGUAGAAAUUGAUAAACACAAUGACGAUGCGGAUUUAACGUAUAAAAAUUCUAUUCAAAGAAUCAACUCUAGUGGUUUUGAGAAAAUCAAAUUUGACGUUAAUGAAUCGACGAUCGAAAUCCGUAUCGUAGUGAGUGGAAAUUUAUCCAGCAUUAGUAUUGAAAUACCAAUUGACAGUAAGUGGUAUAAUACUGAGCCAACAACGUUAUCGUUGGCACGAAGAGACAAUUCAGGAGGGUUGGAAAUUGUGGCGCUGAAUGCUCCACCGGGUGGUUGGCUCUUGAAACUCAUUGGGGAGGGAGCUUCAAAGUAUUCAUUUCUCGUGGAAAGAAAAAAGAUUCGAAGAAGAAAUAUUAAUAAAAACAAUUCUAAGCUCGAUGAAGAUUAUACGAUGAGAUUUCACAAUGAUACCGACUCGAAUUAUAGGAAUUACGAAGAAAAUCAACAAGGAUUCGGCAACGUUGAAACUUUCGAUGAACUUUCUCAGAAUAGCCAAGAAAUUGUUCUCAACGAUGAAUCGUCAGAAUUUGUAGAAACUAGAGGUAAACGAAAUGAGCCUGAAGUGGAUGUGGAAAAUUUGCAUAUUCCGUUAUCAUCGAUUCAAAUAGAUCAAGGUGAAAGGAUUCGGUCUAGAUCGUUAAGCAACCGAUCAAGUAAAAUUAUUUUUAAGAAUGAUGAUGUUCAAAAGGCGAAUAUUAACGUUUCGAGUAUGAUACAAAAUAUUAACACUCAAGAACUUUCAAAUGAAUUUGCAAGGCUCGGAAACGACGAGAAAGAAGAAAAGAGAAGGAUCGUCGUGGAAUUAAAUCAGAAUAGUAAUCUUUUCGUAAGACCAGGAACGAUACACAGGAUAGCUUUUGAUGUGACAAAUAAUCAUUACCAAACAAUCAGAUGUGAUUUUAAAGUUCGAAGUUUACCUCUGUUAGUUGUUAACGUUCAACCGAUCUUCACGUGGAUUUAUGCUGGUCGUACUAUCAACGUGUUCGUCGACGUCGAAGUACCAAGAGGAACAAGGCAAGAUGUUACUAAUACUUUAACAUUGUACGUACAGGGUUCAGAAAUAACAGAAAAAUCGGUCUACCUCUACGUCGAAGGCAACAUUCCAAACAUCGUCGACGAUACAAAGCCUGCCAUCGAACACACGUUCAAUAAUAAUUGUGCGGGCAAAUUGAGUAAAGAAAAAUGCACGAAAUCUCGUUGGAGUGUUGACAUCAGAAUUCAAGAUUCUGGAUCUGGUCUGAAAAGUGUUAAAUCAUCUCCGAACGAAAUGUAUCCACGUACUGAAUUUAUAAGUGGCACUCGAGACCCAGUUACUUUUUAUUAUUCAGCUACUUGUUGCUCCACUCAGGCGAAGAUUACAGCAAUGGAUUUAAGAAAUAAUUAUAAUACAUAUACCAUAGAAGUUACAGUUUGGGACAAUUUAUCCCAAGGAGAGAUAGCUGCUAUUACGGUCGGCGCAUUGUUAAUUCUUCUACUUUUAAUUUUAAUUAUUGUACUUAUCAUUGUUUGUGUACGUAAAAGAAAAAGCCAUGAUUUACCAUACACACAACGAUACGGUUCACGAACACCUGCACGAGCAGAAAGAACUAGUUUUUGAAUUUCUAUUGUUAAUCAAAGUUUACGUAACUCUACAUUAUGUAAUACUAAUUUCUUAUUAUUUAUAGAAAAACACCAGAGUUACAAUAGUUCUUCGAUGAAACGAGAACUAAAUUCAUUUAAAUUAAAUAGACUUUUAUAUAAUUAAGUCACUCCAUAUAAUUAACUUUCAAAAAUUAAUCUAAUUCUUAUUUUUAAACGAUAUCUUUUUCUUCAUACAGUAAAACUUUUUUCUAAUAAGUCUACUUGUAAAAUUAAAUGACAAGAAAAAGUGAUUAACAGAAUAAAGAUAAAAAUCAGAAUUUGUUCUAACGA